GCUGGCCACAGACUCGCCCUGACUUUGCAGCUGUGCACCUUCAAACUCGAUGACAUCACGGAGCAAAAUGUGAGCGUCCAACCGAUCGAAGUUGGUGUGGACGCGCGCGCGAGAAGGGAAGUCGAUAGUACGUACUUUGAGACGUGUGCCUAAGUGGUCCGCCGAAAGAGGGCCGUAUCGGGGAUCUUCGACAGGACAUCAUGGACGGGUCGGUGGACUGAAAGUGCAGAGAAAAGUGCGCUUCUGGAGCUGAAAAGACGUUUUGAUGCACUUCGCGACGCGUGCGUAAAAGUCCGCCGAAGUCUUGGACUGGACGGACCCGAAGUGCAGUUCUGCGGUCGAUGCAGACCCAGCUUGUGAGGCGGUGCGCGCUGCUGAAUUCAAUUUGUCUGGACAGUGUACACCCAGACCCAGAAGUAGGACAAGCUCACGCUGAGUUCCACCAUAUGCGCACGAGAGAAGGAAAGUUGUGAGAAGGAAGCGCAUUGAAGAAAGAUGGGCGAGAAUGCAGACGGAGGGGAGAGCGUCAACCUGAGCGUGCUCGACUGGGAGCAAGUGCAGCGGCUGGAUGCCAUCCUGGCCGGCUCCAUCCCCAUCCACGGCCGCUGGAGCUUCCCCACGCUGGAGGUGAAGCCGCGCGACAUCGUCAAGGCCGUCCGCGGCCGCAUGGAGCGAGCGCAGAUCCGCGUGCGGGAGGUGCGGCUCAACGGCUCGGCGGCCAGCUACGUGCUGCACGAGGACAGCGGCCUGGGCUGGAACGACCUGGACCUCAUCUUUUGCGCCGAGCUCAAGGGGGAGAAGGAGUUCCAGAUGGUCAAAGACUUGGUGCUGGACUGCCUGCUGGACUUGUUGCCCGAGGAAGUCAACAAGGAGAAGAUCACAGCCUUGACCCUAAAGGAGGCCUACGUGCAAAAGAUGGUGAAGGUGUGUAACGACUCGGACCGCUGGAGCCUCAUCUCGCUCUACAACAACCGCGGCAAGAACGUGGAGCUCAAGUUUGUGGACUCCCUGCGGCGACAGUUCGAGUUCAGCGUGGACUCCUUCCAGAUCCGCCUCGACUCGCUGCUGCUCUUCUACGAGUGCUCGGAGCACCCGAUGGCCGACGCCUUCCACCCCACCAUCCUCGGCGAGAGCGUCUACGGCGACUUCCCCGCCGCCCUCGACCACCUGCGCAAGCGCCUCAUCUGCACCAGGAGUCCCGAGGAGAUCCGGGGCGGCGGCCUGCUCAAGUACUGCCACCUGCUGGUGCGGGGUUUCCGCGCGGCCUCCGACUCCGAGAUGAAACUCUUGCAGCGCUACAUGUGCUCGCGCUUCUUCAUCGACUUCCCCGACGUGGGCGAGCAGAAGCGCAAGUUGGAGUCCUACCUGCAGAACCACUUUGUGGACCUGGAGGGCAGGAAGUAUGACUACCUGGCCGUGCUGUACAAAGUGGUGCAGGAGAGCACCGUGUGCCUGAUGGGCUACGAGCUGCGUCAGACACUAGGCCUCAUCUCCUCGCUGGCGUGGCGAGCGCUGGCCGAGCAGAACGCCAUCCCAAACGCCGCCAACGUCACCUGCUUUUACCAGCCCGCCCCGUACGUCUCCAACUGCAAUUUCAGCAACUACUAUGUGGCCCAGGUCCAGCCCCUCUUCGCCUGCCCGCCCUCGCCGCCCCAGCACUACAUUCCUCCCUCGCAGCAUCCCAUGCACGCCACUUGGCUGCCCUGUAACUAGAACCUGUACGACGACUGUGCGCUUGUGGAAUUUUUCGGAAACAUGCAUUGCUUUGUUGUUCCUUCGUGACUUGAGUGGAGUUAAACCGGUGGUUCUCAAACUUUUGACACCAAGUCCCAAAGUACCAGUGGCCGACAAUUUUGUGUUGAUCCAAAAGAGGCCGCGGCUUUAUUCCUAAAAAGUACAGUGGUGUCAUUUAAACAUAAAACAACCUUGCUUUUCUUUAUGAAAAAGUCGUCUUAGCUUAAUGCUAACAAACAAUACAAAACGUCGUUGACAUGCCAACGGUUAGCAUCGAGAGUUGUUCUUUUAAGACAGUUAAUAACACAGGCAUAUAUUCUUUAUCCUCUAUAAAAGAAAUGACUAAUGUUACAGCAUAUUUCUGAGUCACAGACGUGGAAGAAGUCUAUUCUUCGUUUGUGUCUGCAUCACUCUGCAUUAUCAUCGUGAUACGUGCGCUAGCUUGAGUUACGACUGUGGUCGCGGAACAAAUUCAACUUGUAUCUCGAGGCACCACUGUACAUUUAAUAUUAUUGUCAGUUACUUUAAGAGUCAGUUUGAAAAUCAAGUUCUGUAAUUCUUCGUGUACAACUAGAGGAAGCAAGCAUACCACUAAUACUGAGAAUCACCAAGUUUAGACGAAGCGUAACGGGAAGGACAAAUGAGGACAAGCAACCUGGUUUGAGGAGUUUCUCUUACCUUCCAACGUUUUUGCUUAUAGCUCUCAUAUCAGACAUGUAUACAAUUCAUUAAAAACUCUUUUAAUGACUAAGAGGGUUGAAUGGGAGCGAUGUGCUAACGAUGUUGAGUCACGGUCAAAACUCGCGGGGACUUUCUGUCGGUUACCAUGUGACUCCUUUAAUAAUGCAACAAAGGGUAAGCGACGGCUAUUUACAUAUCCAAAGGGGCGACAAGAGAAACAAAACAACAAUGCACGUUUUAAUUCUUCAGAGCAACUAAGUGCCUCUAAAAAAAAAAGGGAAAAGUAUAUUUUUUUCAAUUUCUUUGGGAGUGUUGGGGGUUCUCCAAGUGUGUUAUUUGGUGUAUUUGCAAGCUCGCAAUGAAUGCAUAGCUAAACAAAGUUGACCUUUGCUGACUCAGGCUUUCUACACUGAGGCACCAAGCGUUUUGUUGUUUUUUUCAGUUCUAGCGCUGGUCUGAAACACAGGCCGAUUAUCAUAGAGGAAGUAAUGACAAAACUGUACGGCGACACAGAGAGACAAUUGAAGGGAAGCGGUAGACUGGUGUGAUGAGAAGAAAAAAAAAUGCUUAUUCUAAUAAAAUGGAAGGGAGGAAAAACAACCUAUUUCAGACAGUUUCAUUUCUUAUCAGCUGGAUCAAGUUGGCCGCAAAAUGAUGAAGUAGGCACAACCAACUCUGAACUCUGAAAUUCAUACUACCUACUUGUUUUCGUUCACAUACAAAAACGGAGAACGUAAAACCAAAAUGUUACUUUGACGUUCACGACAAUAGAACUGUUCACAUCACUGUGGUGCACAGAACGCACGCCCAUGCAUCUUUGACAAGGUCACUAUCUGAUCGGGGGAGCGGACAUUGUUUGGAAUCACAUGCAAAAGGGGUCCUCGGUUUCCAACGGACUUCCUAUUGCAGCAAAGUCAGAAUGCGCCGUGGUCUAGUUUCGAACUUGUGUGAAAUAGGAACGGCCAUUUGGCUCCAUCCACAAUGGGGAGAAAUUAACAAUCAAUCGCUCUUGAAAAUAUUUGUUGUUGUUCUGAACUUUUCCAUGCCAGUGUGGUGUUGAGCAGAAUAAUACUGCCCAGAGGAGUUGCCUCUGCCUUAGAUGAAUUAAUUAGUGCACUCCAUUUUGCCUCAGUUAUUUCAAGACGUGAUUCAGUUCUGAUUGAGCAACACCCAUCCCUAAUGUUUACUGUUGCAAAAAUGACCGCACUUUCUAUCAGGAAACACUUUCAAAUGAAGUGGGUGCAAGUCACGUUUUUACAGUGUGUUGUUCUCUCAAACGUAUUUUUCUAUCAAUCUCAAUUUUUGUACACUUUGUCCUUUUUUUUUUUGGUUGCAUUUUGCACAUUUUGUGAUCUACUGCGGGCCGAAGACGAGCGAUGGCUGCGACGACUCGCAGGUGCGAAUUGCGAUCAGUGUGUCAUUGUUUGCUUUCGCUUUCAAGAUUUUGUCCUUGGCUGUAUUGUUUUUCCACACACAGAAAUGAUGAAUCUGAUUAUGUGUGUGCUCAAACGUAAUGAUUAAAAACU